AUGCCUCGCAAUAUCCUCCGCCGACAUCCCACUGCUCCCUCAGAUUCUCCCCCACAGCAACCACAACAACGACAACAACGACAGCGCCUGAACCAUGUCUCUGCACAGUCGCAGUUCCAGACCCCAUCCCCCAGAGGAAUUCCUUUUCCGCACCUACAUCCUUCUCCGGGGGGCGCGAUUGAUCCAUCCGCAGACGUAGCAGGGGCUCCAGAACCGGUUCGGCGCGCGGCGCAGGCGCAGGCGGCGCUCUUUUCGUUGUUUGGUAGAGGUGUCACUGGGAGGCCACAAGGGAGGGGGUCGAUAAUUAAUCAAGAUGAAGACGAGGGCGAGGAGCAAUUUGACGAAGAUAGCCCGUUCGAUGAGGACGUUGACGGCGGAGAUCUGAAUGGUGAAGAAGCCGAAGGACGGGCGGAUCUGAAUCCCGAGGGAGAUGAAGCUGAUCUUUCAGAGGAAGAGAUGGGAGAUGUGAUUGAAGGGGGUAUGGAGGACGAUGAGGGUCCAGAAGAAGAUGAGGAUGAACUGAUGCAAGAUCGAGAUAAAUCGCCCACUCCGCUUCCAAGCGACCUCCGUGAAAUCUCCUCGCUGGCAUCUUGGACAGUCUCAACACAUAAACCAGGCUGUGGCGUGGCCGCGCUCCGUAACCCAGAUCAUACGCAGUACUGGCAGUCCGACGGACCGCAGCCACAUACACUUACAUUGCACUUCUUCAAGCUCGUCGCCGUUGUCAAGAUCCGAGUCUACCUCGACUUUAGUCUCGAUGAGAGCUACACGCCUACGAAGAUGACCUUCCUAGCUGGCAUGGGCGGGAACGACCUAGUGGAGUUCGCGACUUGGGAAGGGGAGGGGCCGUGUGGCUGGGUGGAUGUCCCGCUUGAGGGUGUCGGCGGUCAAAACGGCGGAUGGGUUCGGAAGAGACGCAGGCCUCGGCGAGUCCCUAAGUCUUCAGUACUGCGCCGCAGUAGGAAGGGCAAGGGGAAGGCGGGGUCUGCGGGUAGUGUUUUCGCGAAUGACUCGAUGCUUUCUGAUCCCGAAAAUCGUGACAGUCUCGACCACGAAACUAGCAUCUAUGACGAAGAAGACCAGGCCUACGACUGGGACGACGACGAUGAUGAUGAUGAUGACUUAGAAGAUGACGAUGAUCCGUACGCAGGAAGCGUGCUCAAAGCCAUGGUGAUCCAGAUGCGCGUGAUGGAGAACCAUCAGAACGGGAAGGAUACCCAUGUACGUGGGUUCCAGGUCUUCGCGAGAGACGAUGACCGUCGGCGUAUCGGCAACGCUCCCUCCGCGUCUGCAGAUGGUCGAGUCCGCAGACACAGUAUUCGCAAGUCUCUACGCGGCGCUAAUGACGAUGACACUCGCGAUGGCGGGGUUACUGACAGGGGCAGGGUGCCUGGGUUAGAGGAGCCCGAUUGGAUGGGAGACCCCGUAAUUCGGUAA